UUCUGUGGAUUAUUAGCUGUUUUGGUGUAUUUCUUUUUAAUCACGGCACCACGUCGUCUCAGCCGAGGCAAAAGUCAGAGUGAAGCCUCCUUCUCGCACAGAGGAAGACAACAGUUGCAUUAAAAUGAAAAAAAGUGCAAAGGCAUAAAAAGAGACUGGUGUGUAGGAUAAGUGCUUGUGGCCAAGGGGGUUCAAGGAGGGCAGGUGGGUGUCAAGAUGACGAUGAAACGCUUGUCCUCCAGCCAGAGUCACCACAACACACUCACAUGCCGUGACCCAUCCUAUGAUUCUCUGGCGCUGCGUCAAGACAGACACCCACAUCCGUUUAAUCAGGGAGAUAGUCUCACCACAGACCACGCCCACUGUGCAGACCAUGCCCAGUACUCCAACUGUGAAGUUGACUUGGCCAGCAGCACAUUUCCACGCCGUCACUAUGGCUCACGGCAUGGCGAAUGCACCGUAAUGGCUCCUGUCCAGCGACCACUGAAAAGAGAUGGCUUCCACACACUGCAGUACAAACGUACAGUGGCACUGGAACACCAGCGCAGUGAUAGUCCGGGCCGUAUCCGCAACCUUGUUCACUCUGUUCAAAAACUCUUCACCAAGUCUCACUCGCUAGAGGGACCUGGACAACGUGGCCUUGAUGCCAGUGAUCCUGCCUUGCCCAAUUCACCUGUGAAAUCCACACCCAAUGCUGCCUCCCACCCAAACAUGGCCCUCCUGCAGGGCACACAUACCACCAAGAGGUCCAAGAGCAAGGAACACAGUCGCUCAGAGCUCAAACCUCAUGCCCGCUCACCUGCCUCUGGCUACUGGAGUUCAGAUGACGUGCUGGACAGAGAAGUCUACCCCUUCCAGCACUGCCAACCUUUGGGAGUCAUGACAAUGGGUCGGCGCCCACACAAGUCACAGUCUCACUACGUUAUGGAGCAUGCAUACAAUACACUUGGAACAGGAAGAAUGUCUCUGAAGACCUCACAAAGCAAUAAUGAUUUAGGCAGAUGUUCCACCUGCCUAGCACCAUCAGUAAACACAUUGGCAUUGCCAGGGCCAGAAAGGAUGGAGCAAUCUGGGCCACUAGUGAAGAAGAGCUCCUGGUCCAGCACACUGACGGUGAGCAGGGCCCGGGAGGUCUACCAAAAGGGGGUGAAUAUCGAUAAAGCGCUAGUCAAUACACAGACCUGCCAGCAGGGGCGCACCUGCCAGUUCCUUCAGGUACCCCAGGAUGAGUGGAGUGGCUUCUCUGCUUUUGGCCGGGAUGAUGAGAUCCCAUGUCGGCGGAUGCGAAGUGGCAGUUACAUAAAGGCUAUGGCAGAGGAGGACAGCGGAGAUUCAGACUGUAGUCCUGUUCCUUCACCAAAGGCUCAGACACGAAGAGCAAGCUACCUGAAGGCAACACACCCCUCACUUACAGAGAUGACAACACUCAAGAUCAGCACUGAGUCGCACUCUCCCAAGCUGCAAAUCCGGAGCCACAGCUACCUGCGAGCGGUGAGUGAGGUGUCCAUCAACCGCAGUUUGGACAGCCUGGACCCAGCAGGCCUGCUGUCCUCACCCAAAUUCCGUUCACGUAAUGAGAGCUACAUGCGAGCCAUGAGCACAAUCAGCCAGGUGAGUGAGGUUGAAGUAAACGGACAGAUUGAGGCAGUAUGUGAGAGUGUGUUCAGCGAGAUGGCUGUAGAUGCAUUGGACCUACCAGUUUCCGGUUGCUUUCGAAUGCGCAGCCACAGUUACGUACGUGCCAUUGAGAAGGGCUGUUCAGAGGACAAUGAGCAGGAGAAGAUAAUAGUACCUCAGGCUGCUUCACCUCCACGCACCACGACUACAGUCAGAACAAUACAGAGCAGCACAGUAUCGUCAUGUAUAACCACCUACAAAAAGACUCCACCCCCGAUCCCACCGAGAUCCACACCCACUCAGCCAUAUAUCUCCAUCACAACUCAGAGCAGUACAGAAUCAGCACAGGAUGCGUACAAUGAGCCAGCUAACAGGGCUAUGAUGACGGCUCAUCCAGACCUUAGCAACUCCACAGAGAGUAUUGACAGCAUGAAGGCGCUGACAGCGGCAAUAGAAGCAGCUAAUGCUCAAAUCCAUGGGCCAGCUAGUCAACACGUGACCAACAGUACCAUCACAAUAACCACAUCAACUUCCACCAACAUCACACACACAUCUCAGGACGGGAAAAGAGAUGCACUGAGGAAAUGUCUAUCCAUAGGAAUACAGGUCGACGCUCCUGAGGAAACUACUUGUUUGGAAGAACAUGGAAAGUUUCAGUCAGUGGGCAUUCAAGUAGAGGAGGAGAGAUGCCACCACAGAGUGACACGCUCCAACAGCGUCACCGCUGCUGUGCAGGCUGAUCUGGAUCUUUCGGAAGAGUUAGAACGAGCUGUGUACACUCCACGUCAGCCUUCUCGAGAAUCAUCCACAUCUACCGUGUCUAUACAGGGUUCAGGAAACCACUAUCAUGCCUGUUCACCAGAUGACUACUCAUCCUUUGAUCCUUCUGUCCUGCCUCCACCUGAGCCCUGGAUGGACACAAAUGAGGAGGAAGAGCAGCAAAGUUCAGGAGUAGGGGUGCCUGGCUCAGUGUGUCCACGUGAUGGACGUUGGUUCCUAAAACUGCUGCAGGCAGAAGUAGAGAGAAUGGAGGGAUGGUGCCAGCAGAUGGAGGAGGAUGAGCGUGAAAACGAUUUGCCAGAUAAAAUACUGGGAAAGAUUCGAAGUGCAGUAGGUAGUGCUCAGCUGCUAAUGUCACAGAAGUUUCAGCAGUUCCAGGAGCUGUGUGAGGAGAACUUGAACCCCAAUGCCCAUCCACGACCUGUGUCACAAGACCUUGCAGGAUUCUGGGAUAUGUUGCAGUUGUCUAUUGAAAAUAUUAGUUUGAAGUUUGAUGAGUUGCAUCAGCUCAAAGCGAACAACUGGAGAUUAAUAGAACCACCUGAGCAAAAGGAUAGGCGAAAUCCUCCACUGGUGCCGCGGAAGCCAGGAAAAGGCCUGCUGGUAAGGGAUCGCUCUCUGGAGGGCUCUCAAAGACUGGAGGCACGAAAACGGCUGCUAGCAGCUAAACGUGCUGCUGCCAUGCUGCGUCAGAGCUCCGCCACAGAGUGUGCGGACAGCAUCGAGAUCUACAUCCCUGAGGCUCAGACACGAUUAUGAACAUGUUUACAGAUGCAAGUUAAAGCCAGUACCUAAAGCUUAAGUAAAACACCACAGCCCACUGAGUGCUCAUCUACAUACACAUACUCAAACGCAACCAUAUACAAAAGCACUGAAUGACAAAAACUAACGCAGGGUAUUUAUAGCGUCAUCACUACUCACUAGAGUCUUUUGCACUGUGGCCCUCUUACUGGACAUUCUUCUCCCUAAUCCAGCAAGUAAGGAUGUAGCUACUUUGUUAUUCACCCAAAGAUUUGUUUCAAAUUGUAGCAGCUAUCUUGCUAUAUUAAUAUAGUAUAAUACAUACAUUUACCAUAAAACACAAAAACUUUCAGUAUUACUACUUAAUUAAAAGGGCAAUAUUUGUGUUUUCAUGCUUUCUCACUGUGAAUGGGUGAUGCUGUUUUUUUUUAUCAAGGACAAAACAUAUCCUUCAUCAGCUUCUUCCAUAUUUUCUGUCUUUUUUUGGCUGUUGGCCACCUUGCUUUCUAAAUUAUUUUAUGGCAUUUUUACCAACCAAGACCAGAUUAAUUUCAUUUGGGAA